AAAACACAGCUCUCUGCGGCUCGUGCCGGCGGCAGCACGUGUUUCAUGAGACGCUCUUUGAGUCUUUUCGUUCACUAAAUAAAAUGUCGGGAGCGUCAAACAGAGCAGACGUGACGGAGAAACAUCCGAACUGGAUCCUCCAGCAUCCGGCAUAUCAACACAUGAAGAGUCUGGAGCUCGAGGACAGUGCACAACUACACGCAGCUUUCCUCGUGCACAUGGAUCUGACUGAGGUGCGUCAGUGGAAAGAGGUGUCUUGUGUCAAGAGUCCCGAGCUGCAGCUGAUUUUGCUGGAAGGGAGGGAGAAAGAAGGAGCACCCAUGCAGACGGUUCUUCCACUGCCUGCUCACCGAUCUCUGAGCCACAGAAGCAUCCGUCACGUGCUGGACCGAGGCUUCCCCAUGCUGCUGUGUGCCGUGGCUUCUGACUCCACCCUGGUCUACCAGAGGAUGACCGAUGGGUUGGUAACACCCGACCCUCCCGCCGGCCCCUUCCAGGAUUUGGGACGUCGGCAGCACCGGAAGAGACAGAAGAAGCACUGACCAGCUGGAGUGUGGCGGCAUCUUGAUGUUGUUGGUGAAACAUGGGACAGCAGAGUGGACGGGCCGUCGGUCAGUUGGUCUGUCAGUCCGUCUGUGUAAGCUCCUCCUGAAGGUGGACAGAGAGCAACAUGGCAGCAGGUGCAAAUGGACCAAACCACAGGGCCCGUAUAGGUGCUCUUAGUAAGAAACGGCUAUUUUCAACCCGCGAUGUCGAGUUCAGGGGUUUGCAACUUUUUGGUUUGUUAUUUGUUAAAACCGUUGACCCAUUGUCAGAGGUCAGAUGUUGACUAAUUGCAAACCUGUAACGUUUCAGAGACGUGUUGUUGAUGUGCUCACACAACCGCCCACCGGGCAGCAUGAGGUUACCUGCCUUCCUCAAAACAUUCAGGUGGGACCUGAUGAGUCUGAGCUCCACGAAACCUUUCAGAAAAAGACCCUUGACCGACGUGAAGAACCUAAAUGGUGGUGUCUACGGUUACGGCUGUGACUAACACCAGAAAAGUGAACAUUAAAUAAAUGCAGUAAGUGCCA